UUUUCAAAGCCCGCACGGUGUCUGCUCUGCUCUGCUUCUUGGAACUGAGCCGCAACCUACACAGUAUCCAUGGCAAAAUCGAAUUGGCCACUCUGCUAGAUAAUUACUUCUGGUACUCCGUACAGGCGAGGGAAAUUUUGCAGGAGCUCCAUCAGACCACAGGUACCACCCCGACGCAGUGGUUUGUCUGGGGCAUUGAAGGCGAUGCGAGGCAAACCCCCCUUUGUAGACCCGGCAAAUAACAAACUCUAUGUCGCCAUACCUACCUUUACGACGGAAGGGUAUCAAAACGUCAACAUCAUGCAUGGUUCUUCAGAAGUGCAUGGUUCUUCCUCGUUCUCAUCGGUGCUGUCGCGCAUGGUGGACGAUCCGCGCGCAAACAAGCACCCCAAAACACCUGUACCUGUGCGCAGAUACAGCAAACAUAUCAACACCGUUUUCAUCGUCAAGUGGCAUGGACGGACGUCGGGAUGUCAACGACGCUCCUGUUAUUCCACUAUCAGUUGUUUUGAACAGACACCACGACACCAGUUUGACUUGUUCUAUUAUGCCCAUCGAUUGCGAUGGACGUGCACCGUGGUGCCAAACUAACCACUAACUGUCUACCCACACAGACACCCAAUUCCCCAUCUAUCCAACACACUUCAUGCAUCCAGGCCCUGGCCACUGUAGAUCUCCAAGAGGUCGUCCGUAACCAAGAAUUUACUUUGACCCUGGCGCGUGAUGUAGACAUUGUAGCGGCGCAGGCGUUCCAACACCUCUACCGCCUCGACCACGGCCUCCCAUCUCUCCCCAUCCUCAAGAUAGUACACAUAAUCGCCAGGUCGGAAGCGCACCGGCACCAACAACUCGCGACGCGCAACCACUCUCUCUGGCCCAAUGCCAUUCUUCGGAAUGAUCUUGUACGCCCACUUUCCUUCAGCUGCGGCUAGCGGACAUCGGCCAAGCACAAGAAAGAUGCAUGGCGCCUGGAAGCGACCGGAAUUCUCCAGGUUCCCGACGCUACUCGGGUCAGCCCUAUUGACCGGCAAGGUAUGUAAACCAAGCGGCUGGACUGUCUCCGAGCACGCGACGCUGUUUCCCUGCUCGUCGAGAAGGAAUACCUCGGUUCCAUUCGCCAGAUCUGCACGUGGAGUGGGAGUAUCGGGAGACACGGUACUGGUUUCGGACUUGGAAGCCUUGCCUGGAGCUGAGGGCGGCACCGUAUCCUGCGAUGGUAUGAUCCGGUCCUCCGGCGUCGAGGGUUGCUCCGAAAGCUUGGGCUUCUUCGUUGGUGGCUCUCCAUCCGUAACGUCCGCCUCAGAGGACUCGUUUUGCGCAGCAGCCGGCUGGUGUGGCGGAGUUGAAGAAGCGACGUCUAUUUCAAACCAAUCUGCAACGUCGAAAUCGGAUGUAGACUCUCCAACAGGAGAUGCCUGUUCGACGGAGCCGGCGCCAGAAGGUCCAGGUCGACCAGCAGAAGAUUCAGGAGGAGGUGCCGCGCUUACGGGAUCACCACUUGCCGCAGCAGAGGGGAAGAGCGCAGUACUCAAAGUCGGAGAGCUAAAAGGGCUGCCGAGUUGAUGUGUGUUCUUGUUCAUUUUGAUGUU